CAGUAGGUACAUGUGCAGUGAGCGACAGCUAGGAAAGCAGUUCAGGGCACGAGCCAAAGGCACACACACCCACUAGCAGAGAGCAAGACUGCAUUAUUCAACGGAUCCUCUUCUCUACGCAGUCGAGAGGUUCUCAAACAACUGAGCCAGUGACUCACCCCCUCUGCACCUCUUGCUGAGCCAUUAUUACCAUGGAAACCCCGAGCCAGAAACGCACCAGCCGCGGUGGCACCGCUGGCGUCUCCCCGGCCCGCAUCACCAGGCUGCAGGAGAAGGAGGACCUGUGCAACCUCAAUGAUCGACUGGCUGUCUACAUCGACAAGGUGCGCUCGCUGGAGAUGGAGAACGCUGGCCUGCGACUACGCAUCACUGAGUCUGAGUCCUCAGUCACCCGCGAUGUGUCGGGCAUGAAGUCGGCCUAUGAGGCAGAGCUGGCCGACGCCCGCAAGACCCUGGACCAGGUGGCCAAGGAGCGAGCACGCCUGCAGCUGGAUCUGAGCAAGAUCAAGGAGGAGCACAAGGAGCUUAAAACCAGGAACAGUAAAAAGGAGUCUGACCUGGAGGCAGCUCUGGUCAGGCUCAGGGACCUGGAGAGCCUGCUCAACUCUAAAGAUGCUUCCCUCAGUACCGCCCUUGGGGAGAAGCGAACCCUGGAGGCCGAGGUGAAGGACCUCAAGCACCAGCUGGCCAAGUUGGACGGUAAAUUAGCCGAUGCCAAGAAGCAGCUGCAGGAUGAGAUGCUGAGGAGAGUGGACGCCGAGAACCGCCUGCAGACCGUGAAGGAGGAACUGGAGUUCCAGAAGAACAUCUACACCGAGGAGCUGCGUGAGUCCAAGCGUCGGUACGAGUCUCACAUGGUGGAGAUCGACAGCGGGCGGCAGCAGGAGUAUGAGAGCAAGCUGGCUGAGGCCCUGACUGAGCUGAGAAACCAGCACGAGGAGCAGGUCCGCCUCUACAAGGAGGAGCUCGCGAAGACCUACAACUCUAAGUUGGAGAACGCCCAGCAUUCGGCUAACAGGAACAACCACUUGGUGGGAGCUGCCCAUGAAGAGCUGCAGCAGACCCGUGUCCGAAUGGAGGGCAUGUCAGGCCAGCUCAGCAUGCUACAGAAACAGCUGUCAGCAAGCGAGGCCAAGGUGCGGGAGCUGGAGGACGCUCUGUCAAGGGAGCGGGACCUGAUGCGGCGGCGGCUGGAGGAUAAAGAGCGGGAGAUGACUGAGAUCCGUGCUCGCAUGAUGCAGCAGCUGGAAGAAUACCAGGAGCUGCUUGACAUCAAACUGGCCCUGGACAUGGAGAUUAAUGCUUACAGGAAGCUGCUGGAGGGAGAGGAGGAGAGGCUGCGUCUGUCACCCAGCCCUCCACCCACCAAGGUCACAGUGACACGGACCUCCGGCUCCGGCCACGGCCACACCAGCCGCCUGCUCCAGUCUGCCGCCACCGCCUCCAGCAGCCGCAACUCCUCCGGCACCAGCACCAAGAAGCGCCGCCUCAAUGACAAUGAUAGCGAGUCCUCCAGCAUGGUGGGGGGCACUGUGACUAAGACUCGCAUUAGUCAGCACGCCUCAGCCAGCGGUCGCAUCACGGUGGACGAAGUUGACCUGGAGGGCAAGUUCGUCCGUCUCAGCAACAAGGCCGACGAGGACCAAUCUCUGGGCGGCUGGCAGGUGAAGAGACAAGUAGGCAAUGCUAGCCCCAUCGCCUACAAGUUUCCACAGAAGUUCACUCUGAAGGCUGGAGGAACUGUCACUAUCUGGGCUGCAUCUGGCAAUGGAACCCACAACCCCCCCACUGACCUGUUGUGGAAGAGCCAGAACUCCUGGGGCACUGGAGACCUCCUGCAGACCAUCCUCAUCAGCGCCAAUGGAGAGGAAAUGGCCAUGAGGAAAGUAACACGCACCCUGUUCCAGGAUGAUGAGGAUGAUGACAUGGGAGCUCACAGCACAAGCGGCGCAGACAAUGAGUACAACUUGAGGAGCCGCACAGUGAUCUGCGACUCCUGCGGGCAGACGUCAGACCGCUCCGGUGUUUGCAGCAGCGGGGGUCUACCUGAAGGCCUCGUAGGACAUUCCUUUUUCAUGGGCAGCAAUGAGCCCAGACAGGGCCGCGUCAAGCCGGAGAACUGCUCCGUCAUGUAAAAACCAGACAGCACCUCACCUCCUGUAGCCCAUAAAGGAGAAUAAUUUUCUACCAUUGGGAUGUUUCUCUUUAUUUUUUUAUAUGAUCUUGUCUUAUUUUGUACUCAGAUUAAUCUGUGGGUUAAAUUUUGCUUUUAGGUUUUGGCAAAGGGCACAGGAUUUUCAUAUUAGUUUUUUUUUUGUAUUUUCAAGUUAUGUUAUUGCAUGUGUGCCUGCUAAUGCUUGUAUUGUAUCCUGCUUUUCUUGCACGCACAUACACACACACACACACACACACACACACACACACACACACACACACCAAGCUCCAUUGACCAGUGCUUGUGCUUCGAUCCGAGUCGGGGUUUCACAUUUAAUGGCCAGGCUGUCAACACUCAACACGCACAGCUAGUGAACCCUGUCAGGAAUAAGUCUCUAUAGCCAUACAGACAGCAGGAGAAUGAAUCUUGAGGGGUUUGUUUAUCAUGUUUGUCGCCCAUCAAAUAGAUCAGAUCUUUAUUUGUUAAUUAAGAUGUUUACAGCUGAAAUUUGUUUUUUAGGAACAGUAUUGUGUUCUCUUGAUAUGCUACAGAGAAACAAAUUACAUAAGGUUUUUUUUUUUUUUUUAACUAUGUUGGAAAAGUCUCCAAAGAAAGCCAAAGUACUGUAAGCUCAGGGUGUACAGUGGGUUUUUUUCACCUCAGCCUUAGACAAACAUGUCGUAGUACAUUUUCUACAGUAUGUAGAUUUAGAUCAUACGGUUGGGCAGCUGUGGGGCAAAUAUUUAAAAUUGAAAAAUAUAUUAUUAUGAGAGGAAUAUAUUUUUUCUGCAGUCCACAGCUCAGCCCCAGAGAAAUGUAUUGGGUUUUGUUUUUGAAUGUGUAUUAAAAUAAGGAAUUAUCGUUUGCUGGAUAAGUUGAAUAUACCCAGUACAUGCGUAUCUCGUUUUGAAGUACAUUUAAAUGUGUUGCCUUAUUUCUUUUUUAUUUUUAAAGAAAUUCCAAAGAUGUUUUGCUAUGAUGAUAGGAAAAUGUGUUUACUACCCAUAGAAAUAUCAGGAAUAGGUUCUAUGUUUGGAGUCUACUGACAAACUUGGUGCCAUAUAUACAAUAUAUAUUGAUAUCUCAGCUGACUAACCAAACCAACACUAUUCUAAUGGAGAACUGUUGCUGCUGUUUAAAGAGUGCAACAGUAGUUUUGGUAACAUUUUGACAAGCUUUUAUACAUAUUAGAAAUAUGCAUGUGCCUUUUUAGAGGACAGAAAACCAUCAUUGUUCUUUGCACACAUGCCACGUAUUGCAGUCUUGUGACUGUCAGCUGUCCUUUGUAUUGCUCCAAAGAACUGGUCAUAAGGGCUUUUUUUUUUUUUUUUUUCCUCUAAUCUUACUGGCUUUGCAAAUCCCCAGGCAUGAUUUUGGGAUCUUUUGUAGGAUUGUGGGGUUUUGUAUACUUUGUGACAUUGGCUUCAUGCACUGCUUUUAUUCAGGGCCUCGCCAAAUAUGCACAGCAGGUAGAUUUGUACUGUAGUCUGGCAGCUUAAGUCACUUAUACUCCAGUGAAAAGCAUAUCAAAGCAUUUAUGGAAAAUACUUGAUAGUCUCUCUUUAUUUUUUUUGUUUUCUAUUAUACUUAAUAGAUGGUAUUUGUGCCACAUUACUUUUUUUUCCUGCCUUAAAUAGAUUUGAUUUGACACUAUGAUCCCCAACAAUCCUUAAUGACAAUCAUUAGCUAAAGAAAUGACCAGCUCAAAAUAUGUUUAGUUUUUGGCCUGUAUGACUCAGAUUUAUAUGACAUAGCAUUUAUCUCAUUACAUUUAAGAGACAUAAUACUGUAUUUAAUUGUGUAACAUAUGCAACUAUUAACUAAAUGAUCCCUCUCCGAACAGAUCACUAAAAGGGUGUGGUCAGGGUUUUUCAGAGGCCUGUCUGACUGAUUAUAAACCAGAAAGCAACUUCUUGCUGUCCAACACUGCUUCUUGUUUUUGUGUUUUCUUAAACAGACAGCUGCUCUUUAACAUUUCUAUGCAAUGUUAGUUCAAGUUAAUAAACGAACCAAGACACUUACAAAAUCAGAUUCAAAACACAGAUGCGGUCUAAGUGACAAAACCCUUUUUGAAAGGUCUUUGUGAAAUCCUGAAACCUCGCUGUUAAAGUCUUGACAGAGACCUCAUGAAUCACUUGAAGGAUUUUACAGAAAGGGAUUUCUUGUUGUGAGCCUUUAAUGCCAAAGUUGUAAUUUGCUUGAAGAGGGAUUUGUGUUAUUUCAUAAUGAUGAUACAUAGUGAUACUGUAACAUUACAGAAAAGCCAUGCAUUCUUUUCUAAAAUAAUGAGUAAAAUUCUUUUUUUCCACUGA